AUGGAUCGCUGCCCUAUGGAAGUCUGGAAACUCAUCUUUGAGUUCGCAUGUACGGACGACGGCACGACGGGGUGCUCGCUCGCCCUCGCUGCCCGCUGGACGAACUUUAUAUCUGCGAGCGUUCGGCUGCAGUCCAUCGGUGUCAAAACCGCCGAACAGCUCCCCCGCGUAGCCGAUAUGCUUGAGUCCUUGCCUCAAGACCGUCGUCACACCCACAUCCUAUCCGUC